AUGGGCCAAACUGGCCUUCUACCUUGUCUAGUCCGGCCUUAUUUUACCGAGGUGGGCUCUCACAGUCCCCCAAACAUGAGUUGUGUAGGAGCGAGAUGCUUUAAAGGGCUGUUUAUGGUACGAGUUGUAGCUGAGUCAACAAAGCCGGACAGAUCUCCUGAUCUUUCUCAUGUUCGGCCUGAGCUCACCUCUGCCUUCCGAGUAUUCCAAUCUUCAUGCAUGGUGGGCGGACACCGGCCAGUACAGACGUACUGGUACAAUAAUCAAACAGCAAGCAUGUCAAGGUCUUCAGAGGAUCUGUACUACCGAAGGAAUCCAAGGAACGAAAAGCAACAGUGGCAAAAUAGUAUUAGAAAGGACACGUGCAACAGCUGCAAAGUCAAAGGAUGUGGGCCAGAAAUUACAAGACUUGGACUGUCGAGUGAUGGUGUUUACCGCAUUUUGAAGUGCGACCAGAACAGUGGUUGCAAGUUUGUGGACUAUCUCAUUGAUCCUUUUGUUGGAGGUACAAGUGCAGCAGAUCCUGAAUCUCUUUCUAUGCGCCAUUCUUUCCCAGAGCUAUGGAAUUUGGAGAAAAGGUUUGGCUCCAUUAUAGCAGGGGCUUUACGAUCCAGCUUAUUUGGCAAAAGGAACAAAACUGGAGAAACUAAAAAUGCACCAAGGAAAAACAAGCACCAGCGUGGUUCAUUUUCUUUUCAUGGUGGGAUGCAGACACUGACUGAUGCAUUGUGCAAAGAGCUUGGCAAAGAUGACCUUACAUUAAAUGCAAAGGUUUUGACACUAGCUUACAGUCAUAAUGGAAGUUCCCCAUCAGAAAACUGGUCAAUUACUUGCACUUCUAACAAAAAAACACAAGACGUUGAUGCAGUAAUUAUGACGGCUCCUCUAGGUAAUGUCAAAGACAUCCAGAUCACAAAAAAGGGAAUCCCCUGUUCACUUAAUUUUCUUCCCGAGGUAACCUAUUUGCCACUCUCGGUCUUAAUCACCACCUUUAAAAAAGAGAAUGUAAAGAGACCUCUGGAGGGAUUCGGAGUUCUCGUUCCUUCAAAAGAGCAACAAAAUGGUUUUAAAACCCUCGGUACACUUUUUUCCUCUAUGAUGUUUCCAGAUCGAGCACCCAGUGAUAUGCAUCUCUAUACCACCUUCAUAGGGGGAACUCGAAAUCGGGAACUUGCUCAAGCUUCAACUGAUGAGCUUAAGAAUAUCGUCACUUCUGACCUGAGAAAGCUGUUGGGAGCAGAGGGGGAACCCACAUUCGUCAACCAUUUCUACUGGAGUAAAGGCUUUCCUUUAUAUGGUCAUAACUACGGGUCAGUUCUUGAAGCAAUUGACAAAAUGGAAAAAGAUCUUCCUGGAUUUUUCUAUGCAGGUAACCACAGAGGUGGACUCUCAGUUGGUAGAGCAAUUGCCUCAGGGUACAAAGCAGCUGAUCUUGUAAUUGCCUACCUCAGCAAUGCCUCAGACAACACUGUCUGA